GAACGUGGGAUGCGGAGCUGCGGCUUCCCGGCAGCGGAACUCGCUGGAUGUUCUCGCUUGGAGAUCUGCGCCGCGCUGGUGAUGUUCAGCCCGUCCUCUGCCGUGAGCCCGUGCCCCUCGCCGCGGGUGCCCCAGGCCGUCCCCAUGGACCUGCGCAUCGGGCAGCGCCUGCUCAAGCCCCAGGACACGGCGCUGCUGGCCCUGAAGCAGCAGCAGCUGCAGCACCAGCUCUUCCUGGCCAGCCUGCACCAGCAGCAAGUGGAGCAGCUCGCCCACCAGCACGUCAGGGUGGCCAUGGAGUCCCCGCACCACGAGGCUGAGCCGGGCCAGCAGGAGCAGGAGCUGCGCCAGAUCCUCAACAAGGACAAGAGCAAGAGGAGUGCCGUGGCCAGCACGGUGGUGAAGCAGAAGUUGGCCGAGGUCAUCCUGAAGAAGCAGCAGGCGGCUCUGGAGAGGACCAGCAACGCCCCCGCUGCAGCCCUGCCCUACAGGUCUCUGGAGCCCCUGGAGCCCGAGGGUCCCUCCCCUGCCAUGCUCAGCACGUUCCUGUCCCCUGUGCCCAGCACUUCUCUGGACACCCCCGAGCACUUCCCGCUCCGGAAAACAGCGUCCGAGCCCAACCUGAAGGUUCGCUGCAAGCCCAGGAAGUGCCUGGAGCGGCGCAAGAACCCCCUGACCCGCAAGGAGAGCGCCCCCCCCUCGCUCAAGAGGCGCCCACCCGACGCCAUCGACUCGUCCCCCAGCAGCAGCAGCACCCCCGUGUCGGGCUGCAGCUCUCCCAACGACAGCCUGCCCGCCGAGCAUGCCGCGCUGCCCGCUGCCCCCGGCGGGGCCCACGAGACGCCGCUGGCGCAGCGGCUGCUGAUGCAGGAGAGCUCCCUGGCUCAGUUUGCCCUGCAGAGCGCGGCCUCCCUGCCGGCCAUCACCCUGGGGCUGCCGGCCACCACCAGUGCCAGGGGUGACGCCGAGCGCCGGGCACUGCCCAGCCUGGCUCACCGGGUCCCGGUGCUCAAUGGCCCCGUGCUCCCGGGCUCGCACCCGCCCGUCUUUAUCCCGGCCAGCCUGGAGCAGCACGAGGCCGGCAGCGCCCUGUCCCCCCGGCUGCAGCCCGUCAUCAUCCUCGAGCCCUCGGUCACCCACGCGCCGCUGGUGGCGGUGCCAGGCCUGGGGGCCGUGCCCUUCUCCUUCGCCCCGUCGCUGGUGCCCGCGGAGCGCCUGGCACUGCCCGGGCAGCACAAACCGCUGGGCAGGACCCGCUCGGAGCCGCUGCCGCCCAGCCCCAGGGCCGUGCAGCAGCACCUGCUCUACCAGCAGCACCACGCCCACUUCCUCGAGAGGCUCAAGCAGCAAACGCCCCUGGGCAAGCGCAUGGCCAAGUCCAGCGAGAAGCCCCGGCUGCGGCAGAUCCCGUCCUCGGAGGACAUGGAGGCCGAGGGGACCCUCCCGGAGGCGGCGGCCGAGGCUGCGGAGCCCGGCAGGGCCCGGGUGGAGCCGGCCCGGCCCGGCAGCAGCGGCAAGGAGCCCGAGAGGACGCAGAAGAUGGGGCAGCCCCAGGAGGAGCUGGUCCUGCAGCAGGCCCUGCUGUGGGACUCCUUCCAGCGGGUGCAGCAGCAGCUCCUCAAGCGCCAGCCCCUGGCCGACCCCCCCGCGCUGCCCCCCGGCCACCGGCCCCUGUCCCGGGCCCAGUCGUCCCCGGCCACGGCCACCGUGUCCCUCCCUGCCCAGGACACCAAGGCGCUGGCGCUGCCCGUGCAGGAGCAGCCUAAGCCACACUUCACCACAGGGCUGGUUUAUGACUCGGUGAUGCUGAAGCACCAGUGCUCCUGCGGGGACAACAGCAACCACCCCGAGCACGCGGGCAGGAUCCAGAGCAUCUGGUCCCGGCUGCAGGAGCGGGGCCUGCGCAGCCGCUGCGAGUGCCUGCGGGGCCGCAAGGCCACCCUGGAGGAGCUGCAGUGCGUGCACAGCGAGCGCCACGUGCUGCUCUACGGCACCAACCCCCUGAACCGCCUCAAACUGGACAACGGCAAGCUGGCAGGGAUCCUGUCCCAGAGGACGUUUGUGAUGCUGCCCUGUGGAGGGGUGGGGGUGGACAGUGACACCAUCUGGAACGAGCUGCACUCGUCCAACGCCGCGCGCUGGGCCGCGGGCAGCGUCACCGAGCUGGCCUUCAAGGUGGCCACCAGGGAGCUGAAGAACGGCUUUGCCGUGGUGCGGCCGCCCGGACACCACGCGGAUCCAUCCACGGCCAUGGGGUUCUGCUUCUUCAACUCGGUGGCCAUCGCUGCCAGGCAGCUGCAGCAGAAGGGGAAGCUCAGCAAGAUCCUCAUCGUGGACUGGGACGUUCACCACGGCAACGGGACCCAGCAGAUUUUCUACAGGGACCCCGAGGUUCUCUACAUCUCCCUGCACCGCCACGACGACGGCAACUUCUUCCCGGGCAGCGGGGCUGCUGAUGAGGUGGGCGCUGGCCCCGGCGAGGGCUUCAACGUCAACGUGGCCUGGGCUGGGGGGCUCGACCCCCCCAUGGGGGACCCCGAGUACCUGGCUGCCUUCAGGACCGUGGUGAUGCCCAUUGCCCACGAGUUCUGCCCUGACGUGGUGCUGGUGUCGGCCGGAUUCGACGCAGCCGAGGGGCACCCGCCCCCCUUGGGGGGCUACAAAGUCUCUGCCAAGUGUUUUGGCUACAUGACCAAGCAGCUGAUGAGCCUGGCGGGGGGGGCCGUGGUGCUGGCUCUGGAGGGGGGGCACGACCUCACGGCCAUCUGUGACGCGUCCGAGGCCUGCGUGUCCGCCCUGCUGGGCCACGAGCCGGAGCCGCUCCCCGAGGACAGCCUGAGGCAGAAGCCCAACGCCAACGCCGUGCGCUCCCUGGAGGCCGUGAUCCAGGUCCAGAGCAGAUACUGGGUGGCCGUGCAGCGCUUCGCCUCCAAGCUGGGCUGCUCCUUCCUCGAGGCUCAGCACCACGAGGCCGACGAGGUGGAGACGGUCACAGCCCUGGCGUCGCUCUCGGUGGCCGUGAUGGUGGAGAAGAGGGCACAGGAGGAGCCCAUGGAGCAGGAGGAGCCCAUGAACCAGUGACCCUUGGGGACAUUCCCGGCGUGGCCGCAGCCCCCGAAGAUCCCGAUCCCGUUUGUCCCCCUGGCUCCCGAGGCCCUGGGCGGGCCUGGACUCCUGGAAGGGACAUUCCCACAUCCAGCAGGACGGGAGCACGGAGAGCCCCGAGCCUGGACUGUGCCCAAGCCCCCUCCCCAAUUCUGGGACCCCUCGAUGGGGGUGAAGCCCCCCAGCCCUGCGGCACUGACCCCCCAUCCCGGGACCCUCCUCAGGGGGAAGGGCCGGACGUUGGGAUGGACGCUGGGACCACCCUGGGGACGGCUCCCAUAUGGAAACCCAACCAUGCCGGGGUUUGCUCCAUGGGAUGGGAUCUCCGUGCCCUCUCCUGAGGCUCCCUGGCUCCCCUUGCCCUGCUGGGCACAGGGACAGAGCGGCAGGGAUGGGACCAGGUGCUCAGGAGCAUCCCAAGGAAGAUUUGGAGCUCCUGAGGAAGUUUGGAGCAUCCCAAGGAAGAUUUGGAGCUCCUGAGGAAGUUUGGAGCAUCCCAAGGAAGAUUUGGAGCAUCCCCAGGAAGGUUUGGGGCAUGCCAAGGAAGAUGUGGAGCAUCCCCAGGAAUGUCUGGAGCCCCUCAAGGAAGAUCUGGAGCCCCCCAAGGAACGUCUGGAGCCCCCCAAGGAACGUCUGGAGCCCCCCAAGGAAUGUCUGGAGCCCCCCAAGGAACGUCUGGAGCCCCUUAAGGAACGUCUGGAGCCCCCCAAGGAACGUCUGGAGCCCCCCAAGGAAUGUCUGGAGCCUCCCAGUGAGGGCAGAGCGAGGCCAGGGGUGGGCAGUGCCCGGGGGUCCCCCCUGCCCUCGCUGCCCAGUUUGCACUAUGGACCCUGCCAGCCCUGAUGUGAACCCGACUCCUCGUCCCGGGGCAAUUUUGGGGACCUUCCCCUCCUGCCGAGGUGCCUCGAGCCCCUUCCAGCCCCCCGAGGCCCUGGCUGGGUGUGGGUCCGGCCCCUGAGCCCCUCCCCAGCCGGGGCUCCCCAGUUCCCACCAGGGAUCCCCCAGGGGUGCCCAAACCCCCUCGGUCCCAUCCCUGUCCCUGCCCUGGGGUGACAGGGGCAGAUCCAGAGCCUCCAACCCAAGGGUUCCAUCCCAAUUUCCCUUUGCCCAUUUCCCCAGGAGCAGCCCUGUCCUGGGGGACAGAGGGGACCCAACCCUGGGGACAGAGGGGACCCAGCCCUGGGGACAGAGGGGACCCAACCCUGGGGACAAAGGGGACACAGCCCUGAGGACAGAAGGGACACAG